UGUUUAAGUUGGAAACAGCAACACUCAAAAGGUGCUUCCCUUUUCCCGGUUCGUCAUGUCGACCAGAAAGCCUCGCUCGGUGGCGAACCCUUUGGAGUCUGCUAUCACUUCACCGAGUGAGAAGAUACUGAAAGAAUGCCACAGUUUGUAUGUCGACAGCGAAAACGGCUUGGUCAAGAUUGCCAGCAGCCUAGGAGUGCGCCUCCUGCCCCCCAGAAAAAAGAUCACUAUCAUGAUCAUGGGGAACCAUUCUGCAGGAAAAAGCUCCUUCAUCAACUGGUAUGUUGAAGAACACAUCCAAAAAACUGGUGUUGCCAUUGAAACACAAGGCUUCACAUUCAUCACAAGUGGUCGUAAAAGAGAAUCAUUGACGGGGAAUGCAACACUGCAUCUCUACCCCCAUUUUCGACCACUCCUUGAGUUCAAAGGUGUUAUGGACUAUGUAUCUUCUGAGAUAUCAACCUCCAAGCAGAAGAAGUUCAGCCUUGUGACCUUUGUGGACACACCUGGCUUAGUGGAUGGGGACAUGAUCUACCCUUUUAAUGUUAACAGUGCCAUCACAUGGCUAGGAGAACAGUCAGACCUCAUAUUUGUGUUCUUUGACCCAAUGGGUCAGGCGUUGUGCAAGCGCACGCUGAACAUUGUUGAGAAGCUGAGUGAGAAAUGUGGAGACAAGCUGUUGUUUUACCUCAGCAAGGCUGAUGAAGCUGGAAAGGAAACCGAUCGACAGAGAGUGAUGAUGCAGAUAGUCCAGGAAUUGUGCCGCCGCCCAGGUCUCAACAAAUGUGGGUUUGAAAUGCCAACGAUAUAUAUCCCUAACCCACAGAAGCCAAGCCGGUGUGUGAACCAGAUCGACGGAGUUUGUCAGACCAUCGAAAAGACCAUCAACCAGGCUGUGCAGAGAACUUUGGACCAGUUAGAGAAAGACUGUGAUUUAAUUUGCUCCACCAUCAACAGCAGACUACAGCAGGAUAGGACUGAUGCCUCAUACAACAAAAGUCUCAGGCUGCACUCGUUCGUUUGCGGUGCUAUGGGAACUGUCCUUCCGCUGCUUUUCAUCCUCAGUUUCAUUGUGAGCACCUUUUCCAAGAAGCAGCUGAGUGAGCUGAUUGGAGAGGGGCUUGCACACACCCUCUCUAUCUGCACAGGAAUUGUGAUGUACUUAUGGGAAUGGAUUCCAGAGGAUGGACAAGUCAUUUUUGUGAUCCUUUUUGGGGCCUUUUGCUACCUCCUACUUUUUCUAGCUAAAUAUUUUUCUGGUCAAGGAUACAAGACUCUAACAAAGAAGGAGAAGAGAGCAAUGACAGAGUACAGUGAUUAUAUCCAGGAUAUCGUCAAAGCCAAAAAGGGUAAAUUGUAUGAAUGGUACCUCCAGCAAUGUGUUGCAGAAUAUGACCUUUGAACUAGUGCAAGAUGGCAAUGCUUCACACAUGUAUGUUAACACAGUGCUGAAAGGUCAGAGGUAUACACACACAAAAGUGGCUCUGAAGUAUUUGAUGAAACACUGGAAGAUUUGUACUCAUACUGACAAUCAUCUACCAAAUAUUGUAGCCAAGGUUGAACAAUUGUUAGAAAGUGCCUUUUUCUCUUCUAUAUACUCAGGAGACUAUGAUUAUAGUAUUAAUAUGAGUAAGUGGAUUUAUUUUUAUAAUGUUUUGUAGGUUAUAUUACAAAAUUAGUUCCAAUUUUUCUAUGAUGUCUUAAAACAUUAAUUAUACCAUCCACUCACUUAUUCUCAAACCUCGCUGCUCUGUCCACUGAUGAUGACACUAGAAUGUACUAUUUAAAUAAGCAAAGCUGUGAUAGUAACUGAGCAUUACAGUCAUUUGUCAUGCCAGUAACAUGAUUGUCGUUUUUAUCUCUACGCUUGUAUACAGUACCGUAUACACGCACCAUAUGAGAUCCAAUACAAGAGCAGUUUAAAAAAAAUGUCUUUACAAAACAAUGGAACAAAUUGAGGGCUGUAUAUUGCUUAAUUAAGCAAUGUGACUGGGGUAAAAUAUAACAGCUGUCAGUAUGCUGCAUUGUGUAAUGCACUAGUGAGGCUAGGGGCUGACUGCGGCCAAUUGAGUAGGGAACUUUAGCACUCAGAAGAUGGUUCGACCACUGGAGCCUCAGGGUGUGAAUAAAAGGACAAGAUACGAUUGCUUUUCAUAGUUAUUAUUUAUAUAUACACACAAAAAUAAAGUGUUAGUCAUGUACAGGUUAUAUAUGUAGAUAACUGGACUAAUAUAAAUAAAUAUGGCUUAAUCAUAUACAAUACAAUACACUUUCGACAACACAUGAAUUUAGUUGGGAUUCAGUCCAGGGUGAGAAGCAGUGUCCUUAAUAUCCAUGAUCCAGUCCACAAGUGGGGGGAUAGUAUCCGAAAGGAAAAAGGUUAGAUUUUUCCUACCGGAAAGCGGGGUGUGGGUAGCUCGCCAUCAUGUGUGGAAUGUCAGAGAGGUUCAGUGGGUGAAAAAAUCUGACCUACACAAGGUCAAGAAACAAUUACAUGGCCAUCAAUUCAUGCUACCAUUGGUACAGCAUUAUCAAUAUAAUGUGCUCAGUAUGAGUCACCAAGAUCAUUUCAAGUAACAUUUCAGUUUAAAGUUCACUCUAGGUGUCAAUAUAGUUCAAGUAUAUGUAUAUUCAAUGACAUUACGAUUAAAUUAUCAAUGUUUCAGUUCGGUUUCGAUGAGCAAUAAUCUCAUGCAUUUCCAAUUCAACACUACCCAGUCAUUUGAGCGCAUAUCAAAAAGUAACUAAACACCCCCACAAAAAUAAGAAAACUAACAAACGAGUGCUCAUCUUAAACAAUAUAUUUCGGCGGCCUGUUCGGCUGUAAAAUAAACUUUAUUGAUAGGGCCGUUUGUAAAAUACGGCCAUUUAACAAGUCACACAGACCGGGGUUGCCGCUAUGGUAGAUUAGCCAUUACUUCGAUGCAACUCUUGAACGGCACGAGUGCAGUGCCGCGGCGAUUCAUAAAGUUCAUAAAUAAAGUUUGACUCACCGCUGAGUGGAUGUUACUAGCAACUUCAGUCGUGGAACUUGUGUAGCACCAGCAAGAGAGGCGGAAUGACAGCAUGACCCCGGAACUUAAAGAGGGUUGUGACCUGCCGCGCCAUAACGACAGCCGGAAGUGUGGAGCUGCGUUAAAAUUGCAGUUACUACCACAAUAAUACAUAUUUUUAUUUAAAGAAAUACAACUAUCACAAUGCCAAUUAAAAGUAGACAUGCUCGAGCUUGGCUUUUUUUUUAAACCAAUAUCCAAUACUGAUAUUGUCCAACACUUCAUUGUUGAUACCAAUAUUGGCAGCAGUUGAAUGAAUGAACACAUGGUGCUUCUUUUAAUCUCAUGCCACUGGACUGGAUGCAUUUGACAAAUAAAUACCAUUUGUGCAAAAUAAGACAUCUACUGCAAGAUGACAUACUGAGCUAGCAAGGUUUCCUGCCAAUAAUCAUUAUCGGCAAAAAAUAAACAAGCAGUCAAGACUAAAGUAGUAACAAUGCAGCAAUAAGGUGCAAUCCGUGGUUGUGUUAAAUAGAUUUUUUACAUAGAAUUUUGUGACCUAUUUAUUCCUGGGAAAAUAAACAUUUGCUCCAAUCUGACACUCCAAACCUAACUUUUUUCACUGGAACAUGUGAUUGGUGAUUUCAGUGAAUCCACCAACACCAAAAUGAAUGAUUUAAGUGACAGUAGUGGUAAGUGAAUGAGAAAUUAAAUUAUUAUUUUUUCUUCUUUCGUUUUUUUUUUUGUGUGUAUGUGUGUGCUCUUAGUUGGUUUGGACUGAGUUUUAAACAUAUUUUGUAUUCGGUAUUUGUAUUCUGUGAAAUUGGGGGGGGGGACUCAGAAAUAUUUUACUGCCUCAAAA